AACUUCUUGCAUAUCACAAAAAGUCCAUCGCCAAAACCCUACUAUAUAAACAACAAUGGCAGCCAUUUCAACAGCUUUCAACUGCAAAUUAGGGUUUUCACAAGCGUUUUAGUAAUCCCUCAACUUUCUCGCUAUCGAACUCAGCUGAAACCAUGUCGAGGAGAAAGACUAGGGAGCCAAAGGAAGAGACAGUUACACUUGGACCAGCAACAAGGGAAGGUGAAUUGGUGUUUGGUGUUGCUCACAUUUUUGCUUCCUUCAAUGAUACAUUCAUUCAUGUGACUGAUUUGUCUGGAAGAGAAACUAUGGUUCGCAUUACUGGUGGAAUGAAGGUGAAGGCCGACAGAGAUGAGUCUUCUCCAUAUGCUGCUAUGCUUGCAGCUCAAGAUGUGUCACAGCGAUGCAAGGAACUUGGAAUUAAUGCUCUUCACAUUAAGCUUCGAGCUACUGGAGGCAACAAAACCAAGACUCCUGGUCCUGGUGCCCAGUCUGCUCUUAGGGCUUUGGCUCGUUCUGGCAUGAAAAUUGGACGUAUAGAGGAUGUUACUCCGAUUCCCACCGAUAGUACUCGCAGAAAGGGUGGUAGAAGAGGAAGGAGGCUGUGAAGACUUCUAUUUCUACAUGUUGCAAGUUGGAGAAUAUAAAAUAUUGUUGUUGAGGAUGGAUGCUCCUUUCAGUAUCUAUUUACAUUUGAUUUCUAAUUACUUUGUAGCUGAGCACUUUCGGUUUCGAACCAUCUUCAUUUUGAGUUGGCCUUCUCUUCGAAAUAGUGAAGUUUUUCUUGAAUUUGGAAAAUUUUUGUACUCUUUGGUUAUCUUACAAAUCUAUUGGUUAUAUAAAUCUUCAAUUUCAUCAAA